AUGGCCUCGGCAAAGACGAUGGCGGCCAAGUCUCUGUCACCGGACCAGAACCGUCGAGGCAGCAUUGGCACAAUGGAUACCGACGACGAUCUUGAAGAGACGUUCGACGUUGAGGCCGUCGCGCAGCUCUUGGCUCUCAAGACCACGGAAUUGAUGCAGCUGCAGCGCACUCACGAUGAAUACAUCAAGUCCAGUUGCGAGUAUGAGCGAGAGCUGGAGAUUGAGGUGGAUCGGUACGAGAAGAAGACGCAGCAACUCGAGUCGGCUGCGCUUCAGCUUGAACGAGACAAAAGCGACCUUAAUAGCAGCAUGAAUGGGGUCAAGGAAGAGCUGCAGGCUACACACCGUCGAGAACACAUGCUGCAGACGCAACUGGAAGAGAUGAAGUGGAAGAUUCAGAGACUAGAACAAGCAAACGACGAGCUGGAAACCUCAGCUCGGGUUGCGCAGGCUACGAUCGAGGACCUCCACCACAAAUCCGAGACGCUGUUGGAGCAGAAUGUGUUCCUCCAGCAUGAAAAAGAGGAGUUGUUGAAGCAGCUGUCAUCUAUCAUCGUCGCUGAGGUGCACCCUACUCCAGUGGAACCAAGGACUGCAAGCACUCGCUUUUCUCGCUUUUCCCGUAAAUCUUCCUCUCACGUAUCUGAGACUGCAGCUCCUGUAGCUCCAAUUCAAGAGGAGAAUACGCGGAAAGGCAAGAGGCGAAAAGGUCGUCGCCCGGAAGUACUCGAGACGUGUCUCCACCUCACGUGUCGUAAGUGCCGUGCGAAUAAACCCCACGCACACAAUGGAGGAAGUGACGAGAAAGGCUCGGUCUCGGCUUUCUUUGAAAGACUCAGGAUUUUCCUGUUCGGCCCCGAUCGGUGA